AUGGCGACCUCCAACUAUGCCAAUCCCGACUCACUAGCUGAGCUCUCCGCCUUGGUGGAGCGAACGCUGCUGGAUACUGGGCGACUGUUCAGAAAGAAUGGGUCGAUGCCCGCGAGCACUCAUUUGCAGCGCUCCAUCCCGUUGUACUAUGAGAGCUUCCAGGGUGCGCUGGACAAUCUCUCGGAACAGAUUUUCAUUGCCAAAGCAUUCCUGGAAAGGGACUACGACGCUAUCAAGGCACGGGAGGCGGCACCGCAACCCGAAGAUGUGGUCAUGAGCGACGCGGACCAGAAAGGCGCGGCGGAGGUGCAACCACCGCCCGCCGAGCAACCAGUUCCGAUCGCGGAACCCACCAAGCUCGAACCCAAGGCUGAAGAGGGCGCAGUAGCCGAAGUGCCUCAGCCAACAGAAGUGGUGCCCGAGUCCCAGCCAAGCGACGACGCACCCGUGAAAAAGGAGAAAGACUCAGGGAAUGAGGCUUCUGCAGACCAAGGAUCUCCAGGAGCGAACGAAGCGAUCAAUUUCGACUCGGUUCUCCAUGGAGAAGGUGCCAAUUCCUUCGACCUCAAUCUGGACUUUGGCAACGACGACAUGGGCGACCAAGCCUUUCUCUCCGGGACGUUCGCCACCACAACUGAAACGAGCGCCGACAAACCGGCCACAUCGGCGGCCGAGGACUCAACCAAUGCUCCCGCUGGCGGGGGCGCUUUCGAUCUCGAACUGCAGAAUACGGGGAUGGACUCGAAUCCGUUCCCCGAUCAAGGCACCGGAGAUGACAUUAUGGGACCGGGCGAGUCAAGCUUCGACGACCUGUUCAUGGAGUCCGAGAAUCUCGGCGAGGACGGCACAGGCGACCUCAACAAACUGGAGGGAGACAGUCUGAUGAACCUCAACGAGCUGGAUGAUAAUUGGUUCAAUUGA